AUGCCCCGUGACGAAGAGACGUACCGUAAUAUGGAUCAAGAGCAAUUUGAUCGUCGUCGUGCACAGGAUGAAGCACGGCAGGAUGCAUUACUGGACCAAAUCCAUGGCGGUGUUGUAGGCCUCAAGAACCAGGCACAUGCGAUUAACGGCGAAGUCGUUGAGCAGAAUAUCAUGAUUGAUGACAUUUCUAAUCGAAUGGACAAUGCAACACAAAACAUUGCAAAGGAAGAGAAAGCAGCGCGGGAAAUUAAUGCUCGCAAAAAGAAGGCGUGCAAGUUAUACGGUGUGAUUGUAGUGCUGGUUGUGAUUCUCAUCAUUGUGUUCAUUAUCCCUGCACCCAGUCCAGCAAAACCACAACAGCUGUAG